AUGUCUUGGCUGACGAGGUUGUUCACGGGCAAAGAUGCUGCGGAAGCAGCAGAAAAAAAAGCAAAUAAGCGGAGGAGAAAAGAACACAGUCGCUUGGUUCGUGCGCGGGAGAAGGAGCUCCGACGUGGGAAGGAUAACAACCAAGCCAAAAAUGCGAGGUUUUUCUGGGGAUCACCGGGUCAGACAUACCAGAGUAAUGUUCGUGGUCCUGGUGAAGGAAUUGAUGUGAGGAUCGUAUAA